CACUACAUCAGUCGUCGUGACGUCACCUACAGUCUAUCACGAGAGAUCCUUAUAAGAUCCGCAGCAGUCGCUCAGUCCUCACUACAGUCACUGAGAGUCAGGUCGGGGAUUUGGGUUGCAACCUCAGACGGCACAACAGAUUUUUUCUGUUUACUAUAGUGACAUGGCUUCUAUGGACAUUGUGAAUAACCAGAAUGUGGUUGAACGCAUAGUUCACCUUCCCUUGGUUAUAUCCACCUAUGACUUGGUGUCUAAUGUGUACUGCAACACCAAGAACAACCAUCCGUACUUGAAGUCUGUGUGUGAGGUGGCUGAAAAUGGUGUGAAAUCCAUAACCUCAGCUGCUUUUCACAGUGCUUUACCAAUCAUUGGCAAGCUAGAGCCUCAGAUCUCUAUGGCAAAUGACUUGGCAUGCAAAGGACUGGAUAAGAUUGAGAAGACUUUGCCGAUCCUACACAAGCCAUCUGAUCAGAUCGUCGCCAGUGCUAAAGAGGCAGUGACAGGAGCCAAGGAAGCCGUCAGCGGUACCAUGAACGGUGCCAAGGAGUCUGUUUCCUCCACCCUCAGUGAAGUGACGGACAGGACACGUGGAGCAGUGCAGGACGGCAUGGAGAAGACCAAGACGGUGGUGAGCGGUGGAGUCCAAACGGUGAUGGAGAGCAGUGUGGUCAAACUGAUGAGCAGCAGCGUGGACACAGCACUGAGCACAUCUGAGACUCUCCUGGAGCAGUACUUACCUGAAACAGAGGAGGAAAGAGAAAGUGAAGUGAAGAACUCUGGAGGACUGGAAAAUAACAGCGAUCUGCUCAGUUACUAUGUACGGCUGGGGUCUCUCUCCAGCAAAGUCCGGGACAGGGCUUAUCAGAGGGCCGUCGAUAAAGUUCGUAAUGCCAUACAACGCAGCCAAGAGUCCAUAUCUCAGCUAAACCACACCAUGGAUCUAAUUGAAUAUACCCGCAACAAUUUUGAUGUGUCUAACCAGAAGCUACAUGAGAAACUGAGUUCACUGAUGGGUUGGAAGACUGUCUCUCAGAGUCAAGAAGAGAGUGAGACGGUCACAGACAACGAAGCUGAGCAAAUUGAAUCGCGCACAUUGACCAUUGCCCACAACCUAAGCCAGCAGCUUCAGAGCACAUGUCUGGUCUUGGUGUCCAGCUUCAAAGGACUCCCUCAGCACAUCCAGGUCCAGGCCGUCUCCGUCAGCCACUCCGCCAUGGAGAUCUACAGCAGCUUCAGUAAGGCUGCCGCUAUAGGAGAUCUGUCCAACAGCGUCCUCACCACCAGUCGAUCCCAGCUGAGCAGAAUAAGAGAUUCGAUGGAUAACGUCAUGGACUACCUGCUCAACAAUACACCUCUCAAUUGGCUGGUAGGUCCAUUUUACCCACCUGCGGAACACGGCGCUGCAAACAGCCCUGAAUGUACCAAAACAAUGGACCCUUCGAGUCACUGAAUGAAGACUGAUGAAAUUUCAGAAUAUUAACCAUUUGUUUCUAUCUCACAAAUACAUGUACCCUCACACAUUCCUGCCAGUACAAUCCUUCUCUACUUUGAAAGCAGUGAUACUUUCUGUGUUAACAAUUAUAAUAAUAUACAGAGUUUUACUGAAUAAUAUUUCUGAAAUAUCUUAACUUUACUAUUCUAAACCUGCAUAUGCCUAAUCUUUUAGGUAUAAAUAGUGCUUUUUACACAGUUUAAUUUGUUUUGUUUUUUUGUACAUUUCUAAUAAAAUAAUACAUUUACAAUA